AUGGAGAAUGAUUGUGAUUAUCAAGUGCUUCAGGUGGUUGUCUUCGUCUCCGGCUCUAGAAGAGUACUUGCCACCUCUGCUAGGAUUGGUGGAAGAAGAAGAAAACUUCCAGUAGAUCUAGCAGAGGGAAAUCUUAAAGCUCUUAGCUUGCAAGGUCUUGGUCAGGGGGUUGAUAUGCAGCUUGGACUAGCAAUUGAGAACCCAAAGGCAACAUUAGCAGUAAAACGACGCUUAGCUUGCGAGAUGAUCAAAUGCUGGAAACAUGUUAAGGAUAGCAUCCCAGAGCUUCCUUUGUCAGAUGGAUGGGGGAGAAAACAUGCUCUAUUUGUAAAAUGGAGAUAUGUUGAAGCGAAGGCUGUAGCAUACUAUUUCCACGGAUUGAUUCUUGAUGAGGGGGAGACUGAAAAAUCACAAGAGACGGCCAUAGCUGCUCUGCAAUCAUCAGAAGAGUUUAUCAAUGAGAGCAAACGGGCUUAUGAGGCCUUCCACACAGCUCCACCAACAUCAAGAAGUCCAUCUGCUUUUGGAACCACCAAAUAUCUCUUGGACAUGAUACCAAAAGAUGCAAAGAGCAAGUUCCAGAGCUACCAAGAUCUGAACACACAAAAAGGAGCGUUGAACAUAGGAGUCAGCAAGAUCACUGCAACACCGCCUCCAUUGCCAGAUUUUCCAUUGGCUCUAAACCCCGAAGAUUAUGAGCUUCCUCAUUCGGAUCCAUUGCAGAAGGGAGCUAACCAUGGAUAA